AUGCAGGUCAGGGUAAUUCAAUGUUUCUCAAUUUUCAUAUUUAUUCAAACUAAUCAGGGAUUCUUCUUCCCAAUGUUAGGUGGAGGUAUGUUCCAGAAAAUGUGUUGUAACUUUUCUAUGAAAAAUUUCUAGCAUCAAAUUGUCAAUGUCAAAUGUCGUGCAAUUCCCCGCCACCACCAAUGGGUUGUUUUUGUCCAAUGAGAAUGGCUGGUUGUAGUUCCGCAAUUCCAGCAGCUCCAGUUCAACAGGUUUAUGCACCGGCGGUUUAUCAACGUUAGUUUUUGAUUCAGGGGGAUAAAUGUGUACGUGAAAUCAUUUUCGUGCACUUUUUAAUAAUUAAUUUUCCAGUCAUCUCAACAUUAAAAUGAUAUGAGAGACUGACAUUUGUGAAUAAUGUUGAUGCAUUGAACUUUUCUGUGGAACUCAUUUUCCGAAACUUUGCUUUUUUGAAAUAAAGAAUCUAUUUUCCAAAAUCAUGAAGAACGUUUCAUACAUUUCUACUUGAAACAAUUCCAAUCCUUCUUCCAAUUUUAACAUUCCAGAACCUCAAAUUUCACAGUACCCAAGUUAUGUGGCAGUUCCGUCGCAACCUCCACCAAUUAUUCAACAACCACAGAGAGUUGAACAACAACAGUUACCUCUACUGCCACCUCCUCCUCCUCCUGGACCUUUGGGUUAUGGAUCGUAAGUGUGAAAAAUGUUUUAUUCUUCCUUGUUUCUAUUUCAUAAUUAUCCCACAUAACGGCAAUUUUAUAAUUAUUGAGAAGAUCAAACUACAUAUUUUCAGCCAACAACAAUAUGUUCAAUCACUUGCUCAAACUCAACAACAGGUGAAUCUUCAACCUCCAACAGCUCUUCAAAAUGAAUAUAUGACUCAACUUUUAAAAGUUUUCGAAUCAUCAACAGCCACAACAACAAAAGUAAGUUCUACAUCAAACUAAGCCAAAAAAAAGUUGUUUUGUCCCAUAUAUUGUAUAUACCGUAUGUAAUUAAUAAUAGUGUCCAAUUAAGCGCAACUAAUUAUUUUCCUCCCUUUUUCAAUCUCUAUAUUUCUCGUUCAUUGCAGGAAUACGAACCGGUUAAUGCAGCAAGGCCUUUGGCUACUACUACAAGCAAACCGAUUAAUUAUAGACCGCAACCCUUGGCGGGAAAAGAGAUACGAACCACAGAAAUCAAGGUUUGACAAUAAUUUUUUAUUUUGUUUGGAACAAAAAAAUCAAAAAAGUUUUGCCCUCACGCAGGAUUGAACUACGGACCUUUGGUUUACAAGACCAACGCUCUGCCACUGAGCUAUAAGGGCGGACGUUUUUCGCUGAUAAAAAAUCGCUUAUCAAUUCGUUUUUCUUUCAGUUGAUACAACACCCAUAUGAUGAAAAUUCGUCUAAUUUGAACGUGCAAAGAAUUCCAAGUACAACAACAACGCAAAGAGCACAAGUUGAGCCAAGUUUAUAUAGUCAUGAAGCUCGUAAGUAAUGAGAGGUGAAGGGUCCUUAAAAUCAUUGAUUGAUUCAGAACGAGGAGAAGGUCCAACUACAACAGAGAUAAAUGAAUCGGGAUAUGAUUAUACUGGAACAUCUUCUAGCCUAUCGCCAAUAACUCUUGAAUAUCUUCAAACUGUUCCAAGAGCACCGGAAACCGAAGUUGAUGUAUUUACCAAAGAUGUUGAUAAAUAUCAUAGUAAGAAAUUCCUUAAAAUAUUUAUAUUAUUUAAAAAUUAUCGAAAAUUUUUCAGAAAACAGUGUUACAGUACCCCUACCAACAUCUACAUCAUACGGUGCUACAGUAGCUCCACCAACAGCUAAUCACGCAUCAGGUUAUGCAAGAGAUCCAAGACAUUUAGAAGAAGAAGAAAGAGCAAAUUCAGAAAAUGAAAUUUAUGAUGAGUUGACUAGAGAGGAGUUUGAGAAUGGCAGUGAAAAUAAUUCUGAAUCAGAAGUCGAGAAACCUUUGAAAAUUAAACCAAAAGAUCAAACGAUUUCAAAAUGUAAUAAUGCAAAAUUGAAAGAGGCAAUGCACAAGGUUUGAUUAAUUUUUUGCUGAAAAUCAUUACAAUACCGCUUUGUUUUCAGAAAAUGACUUUGUCUCCUGCAAUUUCAAAACAAAUGAUUUAUUCAGCAGCUGCUGAUAUGUUCCCAGGUCAAACUGUCAAUGUUAUUUGCUCCAAACAUAGUUUCUCAUAUAUUGUUGUAACUUCUCCAGUUUUCUGUGAACAUCGAAAACGUCCACUGACAUGUUUUGCAUUUUUCCAACCGUAG